UCCUUUUCAAUGCGAGAGUUAUUGAUUCAUUGGUAGCUGAUGAAUUAUAAGCUCGACCUCUUCCUAACUCAAACUUUAGGACAAAUACCCAUUAUUUAAUAUAUUGUUUUAUUAUUACUAAUGCUAAUAGCAUCUUAUAUAUUAUAUUACAGUCAUUGUAAAAAAAAAAAGAGAGAGAAUAAAUACACGAGGUUGUACAAUGAUAUUGUUUGAGAUUUUUGUACCCAACACACAUAACGUUGAAGCAAGAAUCAUUUAAAAAAAGAAUACCAAAAAUAGAAAUAAACAAAUGGACAAUAUGCCGAAUAUGAAUUGUCUUAUAACAGUGAAAAAAAUGUACUAACAAUAAAAGCGUUAAUAAUAUAUAUGUCGAGACUCGAGCAGAGCGUUAUUUUCAUCCACCAGCAUCCAGACAAGUCCCGCGUCUAACGACAGGAUUGGCUAGUCUGAGCUCUCACGGCUAUUGCCGGUCUGUGAUUGGACGGUUUAGACGUCAAUCACAUUGCUUUUGGAACUCCAGCAAACAGUGAUCAGGUCAAGGGCGGGAUUUGUAGGAAUACUGGUGUGAAGAAAAAAAUAACUCGUGCUGGACCCUUGAUUACUCAUUCCGUCCAGGUACAGCGGAAAGCCAACCGACCUGAGGUGCUCCGCUCCGGCUAUUCUUGUGUGCGCGAGCCAGAUUAUCGGUUCAUUUUCUAGAAACGUUAUCGCGCCACUUGCAGCAGCCGCGGCUGUGCAGCCUCAUAGGGAAUUAUAGGAGUAGGAAUAUGUAUUAAAUGAGCGCUCUUGUGUUUCAGUGCACUCGCGGGGGGAAAUGAUGCAUUGAGGAAGAGCUGCUUUGCGGGCGUCUUUUUUUCCGAGCUCCAUUACACUCACCUCGAACGGCGAAGCAUCACAAUGGCUACUCUUUUGCGAAAGAUUGGGCUUAUUCGACUGCACGACCGAGACACGGAGGACCCGAAGCAUCACCACCAGGGCUCAUUAAAAGGGACCAAAGGCAACCAGAAAAACAACAACACGAAGCACUGCAACACCAGCAACGAGACCAACAACAUCCUCAGCACGCCCGAAAUCAAAGCCAGGCGCUUCGACGUGUCCGGCAAGGACAAGCCAGCAGUCAAACAGGACAAACCGAGCAAGGACACGAAAGAGAAGCAGCAGACGGCGGGCAGCAAAGCGACUAGCGGCUCCGUGAUGCCCCCGCCGGCGGCGAACCGACAGCACUGCACCCAGGUGCGGACGCGGAGGCUGAUGAAGGAGCUGCAGGAGAUCCGGAGGCUCGGCGACAACUUCAUCACGGUGGAGCUGGCGGACGAUAACCUGUUUGACUGGAAUGUCAAGCUGCACCAGGUGGACAAGGACUCCGCGCUGUGGCAGGACAUGAAGGAGACCAACACCGAGUACAUACUCCUGAAUGUCACCUUCCCCGACAAUUUCCCCUUCUCCCCGCCGUUCAUGCGCGUCCUCACGCCGCGGCUGGAGAACGGAUACGUGCUGGACGGCGGCGCGAUCUGCAUGGAGUUAUUAACGCCCCGAGGCUGGUCGAGCGCGUACACCGUCGAGGCCGUGAUGAGGCAGUUCGCUGCCAGUCUGGUGAAAGGACAGGGUCGUAUCUGCAGGAAAGCAGGCAAGUCUAAGAAGGCCUUUAGUCGCAAGGAAGCUGAGGCGACCUUCAAGAGCCUUGUCAAGACCCACGAGAAGUAUGGCUGGGUGUCCCCUCCCGUGUCCGACGGCUGAUGUCAGCAUCUUCGACGGCAAUCCCGACAUGGCUUUUUUCAGUUGGGUUUUCUUCUUUUUCAUCAUCAAACUUAACUAUGAAAACAACAAAAGCUAGCGCAUCAUAUCUUACACAUCAACGUGGCACAUUCACCAUCACCCCGUCCUCCACUCUUCUUCAUCGAGGUGCCAUGGACCGAACACUCGCUGCGACAUCACAAUUACUCAUGAGUGGGCGUCACUGCAGCUACAUACAGCUAAGGACUCUGGAUAUGAUUGAGGCUCCAAGCAAAGUUAAAUGUCCACCAAUCCCACAUCCUCACUCUAUAUCCUUGUCUGUCCAUCUGUGUUGCUUCUUUUCUUCACCAUCCAUUUCUCUUUCUUUUUAUAGCUGACAAUGCAUUGCACUGAACAGCAUCAGACUUGCCCCCAUUUACAUGCAAAUGACUUUGUUAACACUUAAUAGAUAAGCAGAUCAUUACACUACAUUUGAGGUUCCGUUUUUCUGGUUUCCUCUUCAUCGGCUGUGCUGUUUUUCACGGUUGGAUGCAACAUGAUGAUUGUAAUUUAUGUAGAGCUGUGCUCUUUCUUUUCCUCUGUAUGCGUGGCAAAAUUUAGACAUCACUGUGUUGCGUAGAUGGUCAUUGAUUUCCAAUGGAGAAAAAAAUACUCUAGGGCUUUGUUCAGACAGGCAAAUAUCUGAUUUUUUAUCUGACUCAAAUACAAUUGUUUUUUGAAGUCUGAACCUGAAAAAGACAUGAAACCAAGUUAACAAACCCACAUGUGUUCACAUACAUAUGUGGUUUGAAAUCCAAUCAAUUUUAAGAUCUGAAUAGAUAAUUUUCGCUCACUUUUUCCUCAUAUAGCAAACUAUGUGACUUUCACUGUUACCAAUAGUGAAUGAGUGCACAAGUCAGCAGUAAAAAUGCCUCUUGUGAGUCCAGCACUCACAAGAUUUCAUGAUAGACAUAAGCAGAGGCAAAAUUCCCAGUUUUUUGUCCUCUCUUUCCACACUGACAGCUGCUCUCGGUUGUUAUAUGAGAAAGUCUGGCAUCGUGCUGAUGCUUACAUCAUCACAAUGACAACCAAUGUAGAUGCACCGGAUAUGGACAACAUAGUCUGAACAAACAUCAGAUUUCAUCACUUACAAAACGACGGACUAUCAGUCCAAAAGAUCGGAUUUGAAAAAUUGGAUAGAUUCGCAGUGUGAACAAAGCCUUAUGCAGAGGUCAAAGAAAAAAAAUGUGAACCACCUCUGUUGGUCAUUCUAUUAUUUGUUUUUGGAGAAGACCAAAAGCUCUUAAUUCUGAUGAUUUAGAUACCAGAUGGCAUUAACGAAUGUCGACGUCCCAAUGGGAUCUUAGUAUUGGCGAGAGAGAGAGGCACGUGACAGACAUGGUGAUGUUUGCACAUGAGAUGUUGAGUGUUCAUCGUGGCAUCUGUCCCCAUGGAGCACUGAGCGACAGGACGAUGCCGACUGAGCGGGCCCGACCCCAAUGUGAGCGACAACAUAAGGAUGUUACUGUAACUUGGCACUUUCACAUGCCGAUGCCACAGCUGAUGCCCCAAACACGAUCAAACAUUAAUUGUGCUGAUUCGCUUGUACUAUUUUGGCUCAUCAAUCGAUAAACUCGUAGUUGUGGGCCCGAUUCCUCCGCCUUGCACUGACUCUGCAUCACUGUGCUGUGUGCUUGAUCAAUACUAGAGUAGAACAACAGUAAACAGGACAAAAUGGCCGACAGCCCAGGAUAUAAGGUCUCAUGACUAUAAACGUCGCUCUCAAGCUGCGUAAAUCAACGCACGAUGUCAGUUAUGGCUUCAAACCUGGAUUCUGGUAGCUGGUGCCGCCGCUGUUGACAAGAGCCAGAUGAAGAAGGACAGAGGUGGAGAGAGAGACGCUGAGGGGGCGACUCCUUUGUUCAGAAACCUUGAGGAAUGAGGGAGGCUCGUUUAGUUGCCUGAUUGAUGCUCCGAGAGAGCUGCAGCUCGACGCCUUGAUGUUUAUUGACUUCUCCUUCAAAUGUCUGCGUGAAUCCGGAACAGCUCAGACUGCAUCUUGUGAGCGAUGAGAUGUAGAAGAGCUUUGUUUAUUUUAGACCCCACCCAUGGCGUUCUCCACACAGUGUGUGAAAUACAAAUGACACAAUAGUUGAGAAGGCUAAAUCAUGGGUGUUGUUGACAUUUUGGGUGUAUUAAAGGAAUAAUUCACCCAGAAAUGAAAAUUCUGUCAUUUUCUCACCUUUAUGUGGUUUCAAACCUGUAUGACAUUCUUUCUUCAGUGAAACACUAAAGGAACAAUGCCGAAGUGUGUACUGGCUGUUCUUUUCAAUUAAAUCGUCAAUCUCGAAAGUAGGCUUUCGAAGCCAUACAAUACUUUUAUGUGAGUAAAGGCCUAAAUUUAAGUAAAGAACUUAAAGUCUUGCGCUUCACUGUCCGUGUCCAUUCAAAUAUGGCACGUUUAAACUCCACGAGUCAAAUUUGAUGUCAGUGAUGUUUUGAUGUCAAUAAAAUAAUUUGAAUAUGUGGAAACUCUGUUGAAAAAAAACAGUAUAUGCUGGUUUGAGCUGGUUUAUGCUGGUCCUUAGUUGGCUGUGAGCUGGUUUAAGCUGGUCCUGGGCUGGAGCUAGUUGCUUAGGACCAGCUAAGGACCAGCAUAAACCAGCUGCCAUGCUUCAAAACAUACCUAACUAGCAUAUGCUGUUUUUUAUCAACAGGGAAUGCAAAUGAGAUAAUGUAUGAGAGCCACUGCGAAUGGGAAGAUUAAUACAAGAUACCACUAAUUGUGGGAUUUUGGAUUUUGUUGGCCACCCAAAGUUAUCAUGUCUUCAGAAGACUAGAAUAUAGCGUACACAACUGUUGACCAAUAUUAUUAUACUUUAUGGUGAAUUUUUUUGGAUCUUGACAGGGCCAAUCCACAUCCUCUGUCGUUAUAUGUAGAAAGACCAUAGAAUAGAAUGACAGUUUAUAAAGAAUGACGAUUACUUUCUUCAAAAUGUCUCAGUAGAAUGUCCGUCAUACAGGUUUGGAAUGACAUUAGGCUGGGUAAACAAUGACAGAAUUGUUAUUUUUGGGUGAAAAAUAUGCUUCAAGGUUGGAAAAAUCAUAUUUCCUUGUUGUGAAAUACCGUUUCAUAUGAUAUUUUGAGGGUAGUGUUCUCCAGACAUGGAAACAGCAUGUGCCAAAUGCUUAAUGUACUUUGUCACCAUUUCCUUGUGUGUUUUCCUGUGUGUAACUGCUGCGCUCUCAGUAGAAAGACUCUCUGCUAUUACUGAAGAUCUCAAAUGUCAGAUGAGAAGCUGCUAAUUAAUUUUAAAAAAGGAUGAAGACACUGAUGUAUAAAUGAUAAAACUGCAAAUGCUGAUGCCCUGGAGGAUGAAAGCGAAACAACACUGUUGAUCCGUUACUAAUUUUUAUUUCUGUCUAGUAGCUUUUUGUGUUAUUGAUAUUAAGGUUAUCCGAUACAGUGAAUGGCGAGUGUCUACUUCUUCACUCCGAUGGAAAGCACUACAUUUUGCUGUAUACAAUGAUCAUUUUAUCCUGGUCAUCAAAAUCAAAUACACAUUGAUCACCGAAGAACCUAUAAUUCAUGUUCGUAUCACUGCAGUGAUUGUAAAAACGUGUAAACCCUCGUGGGUGGCUUAUUGCAGAUUUCAGUGUCUGGUCGCAGAAUGGUAUCUCUUAUCACUACUGAAGUGCAUUUGGUCUUCUCCAGACUCUGUUUGGACAUUAAGAAGUGGUUGUGUGUUUUCCUAUUUAGCGAGAGGAGAUACUAUACCAAGGACUUAUUAUAACCAGUCAAAAAUAUCGCGAAAUUGGAUGUUUUCCGGUUUAAAGCAUAAUUUUGUGAUAUAGUUUAGAUCAGUAGUUUGCAGAAACUAACUAACAGAGUUAAUCGUCCAAACGAGUGAGAUGAUUCUGUUGUAUUAUAUCUGCAUGUGGUCUGUGAUUGUUAGCUAGCUAACUUGUUUUGUUUUUCUUUUUUUUUUUCAAAAAAAGCAAGAAAGUAAUGAAAAAGAGCAGAAGCCGCUUCUUUGUAUUUUUUUUCCUGUUUGUUCAGUUUGUCCUAAUUUUCUUUAAUAAUGUCCUUAAAUGUUAAAUUGUGUUCUAUGAAUGUGUUUUAAUUUAUUUGUAGUUUGCCAAAAUGAAGAUUUUGAAGCAUGUUGCAGGCAUUGUCACUGAUGAUAAAAAAGAGAAAGAAAAAUAAAUGAAAAAAUAUAAUAUAUGUACCUGAAUUGAAAGGAGUCUGGUAUAUGUAGUGAUCUCAGGCUUUCACAGGGUGAAAGGUAAAACUACAAGACAAUGUGUUUUCUGCACUGCAUAAACAUCAUGCCAGGAUGUGGUCAGAGCAAAACCAAACAGGAAUGUGCAAUAAAGGCUGUAGGCUGAUUCCACCCUGGAA